UGUCUGCACUGGGAGGAGGAUGAAAGCUACAAAGUCCUGUCUGGCCAUGAAAUAGUCCCAGCUGCAGCAGAAAGAGCUGAGAAGCAGAAGAAGCUUCAGGUGAGUCGACAAGAAAUCCAGCAGAGAAUCCAGGACAGAGAGAAAGAUGUGAAGCUGCUUCAAAAGGAGUUGAAGACCAUCAAUGUCUCUGCUGAUAAAACUGUGGUGGAAAGUAGGAAGAUCUUUACUGAGCUGAUCCGUCUCCUCCAGAAAAGAAGCUUUGAGGUGAAGCAGCAGAUCAGAUCCCAGCAGAAAACUGAAGUGAGUCGAGUCAAAGAUCUUCAGGAGAAGCUGGAGAAGGAGAUCAGUGAGCUGAAGAGGAAAGACGCUGAGCUGGAGCAGCUCUCACACACACAGGAUCACAACCAGUUUCUCCUCAACUACCUCUCACUACCAGAACUCAGUGAGUCUAAAUGUCCAUUCACCAUCAAUGUCCGUCCUCUGAGACACUUUGAGGACGUGACAGCAGUUGUGUCAGCGUUCAGGGUUAAUCUACAGGACGUCCUGAGAAACACAUGGAAAAACAUUAAACUGAUGGUCACUGAGGUGGAUGUUCUACUGUCAAAACCAAAGACCAGAAAUGACUUCUUAAAAUAUUAUGAAGGAAUAACUCUGGAUUCAAACACAGCAUACAGAAAACUGCUAUUAUCUGAGGGAAACAGAAAAGCAACAAAAAAGAAAAUACUGUAUUAUUCUUAUCAUACAGACAGAUUUCAAGAUUGGGAUCAGGUUCUGAGUAGACAGAGUCUGACUGGACGUCAUUACUGGGAGGUGGAAAGGCAAGGAAAAACUGAAGUAGCAGUUUCGUACAAGAAUAUCAGCAGAUCAGGAAGUAGAAGUGAUUUUCGAUACAAUGACAAAUCGUGGGUUUUAUAUUGUAACAGAGACAGGUACAUAUUUUAUCAUAAUGGUGAUAAAAUCUGUGUGUCAGGCCCAGUUUCCUCUAGAAUAGGAGUGUACCUGGAUCACACAGCAGGUAUUCUGUCUUUCUACAGUGUCUCUGAAACCAUGACUCUCCUCCACAGAGUCUGGACCACAUUCACCCAGCCGCUACAUGCUGGAGUUGGGUUUUAUGAUGAUGGAGACUCAGCUGAGUUCAUCAACCUGAGAUAGACAGAAGUAAAUUGAAGAUCAGCUGCUUAAAAUAUAUGUUUUAGUUUCGGUUCCUCAGUCUGCAUUGUUGAUGCUAGGACUUCACUGUUGGAUCACCUCUUGACUGAUUAGAGAUCAGCUGAUAUUUUGUCUUUUGGUUUGUUGUUUAGGUGAUAUCGGACUUUAGGUGAUACCAGUCAGCCUUAGUCUGUGUCUGUGGAUAGACUCCCCUCCUCAUUAGAAACUCUGACAUGUAGAUACCAGUGAGGUCUUCUCCUCUACAAGAAAUGAAUGCAAUCAGUACACUAUGAAAACUGACCAAUCUUCACGGUUCACAGGAUGCACACUAUCCUCUAUGUUUUACUGUUUUCUGGAGCAACAAUGGCGAUGGUGGAAAGAGUUUUUCCUGUAACUGGUAUGUUGCCACUUGUGAGGGAUUUACCCCUCCCUAAAAGGUGAUGUGUUUGUGCUUCUAUAUUCCGAUUUAUUUAUUAAGUGUAUUUUGUGUGGAGGAAGCAACUUGCUUUGUUUGGUGUUUUUGUUUUAAUCAUUUUUCUUCUCUUUGAGGUCACCUGGUCAGGUGUUGCCAUGGAAGCGCGCCCAUGAGCAGUGCUGACAAGGACCUGGUGUUUCAAUCAACCUCAGAAUCUAUUGUUUGAGAGGGAAGGGAGAUGUGUUUGGAUUUAAUUUGGGGCCCAGAUUGUUUUUGUUUUAGUUUUGAAGGUUGUUAGUUGAAAUGUAAAUUUCUUUCUAGGAAUAUAGUGUAGUACAAAUGUUUUUUUUCACUUGUAAAUGUUGACUCCACCCCUUAAUUAGUCAAGGAAGAGCCAAUGCUUUAAAAGGCAGGUGUGUUAGAUCAGAGGGGACUCUCCCUCUAGUGUGUGAACAUGUCAUGCUGUAACUGGAUGGAAAUGUUUUUGAACAAAGAGAUAAAACGAAUGAGAGCUCUACAACUUCUGGACUUUGUUUGAUUUUUUUUUAUUGCAACCCUACACCACUCUUUCCAUCUAUUCCAUUGUGUCAUUGGGUAAGAGACUUCUCCCACUUCUCCUGUCUGGUGCUGCCCAUACCUGUUUCUGUUCAGCCAUGGAGACUAAUUCUUUAGAAGGAUUCUAUUCACCUUAACCAAUCGUAGUUACAUUGAUUUAUUUUUUAGAACAAUUGUUGUUGGUACUGAUGUUCAGAUCAGC